GCCACAGCUCCUCAGCAGCAGCUCAGACAAUAAAAACAAGGCGAAGCCCGAACCGUCGGCAGCAUCUCGGCUCCAUUCAGACCCGGAGACUCUGAUCGGAGGGACGGAGGGACACAGGCCUGGACUGGACCAGAGAUGUAGCUGCAGGAUGCUGGACCUCCGCUUCUCCCGUUUGCUGCUGCUGCUGCUGUCGGUGUGCGCGGUCCGGGAGGCGCUGUGCAAAUCCGUUCCAGACCAGGGAGCCUUCGAGGUGCAAAUAAAAGUCCAGGUGUUUGACAACAGCGACCUGUCACCGCUGGAUGACGCUCAGGUGGAAGUCCACGGAAACCAAACCCUGCUGGCGUCCAGCCGGGCCGGCAGCGAUGGCGUGGUGAGGGUCAACUUCCAGUACCGGACCGGAACGUGGGUCAUCAUCACGGCCUCCAAACAGGACUACGUCACCAACUCGGUGCCCUGGCACUCCAGCCGCAUCCCACUGUACGCAUCAGUCAGCUUGUACCUUCUCGCUCAGAGGCCUGGAACUCUCAUUCUGUACGAUGACGUCCUGCAGGUGCUGUCUGGGUCACCAGGAGCUCGUAACCAGCCGCUGGUGCAGCUCCAGAGGAAGUCCAUUCAGCUGCCGUCCAGCUCCAACUACACGGCGCUGUCGGCCUCCCUGACCACCGCCAGGAGUCAGUAUGAAAUCGGAGGUUUCCCCUUUCUGCUGGGCCAAGAGACCAACAGCUCAGGUGCAGAAACAGGGUGGACAGACUUGACAGCGCUGGCAGUCGUCAGCAUCCAGCUGUUUGACAAAGACGGCAGCGCCAUCCAGGUCUCAGAUCCCAUCCACAUCUCUGUGCCGCUGCCGUCCGACACUCGGAACAGGAUGGCCACCAGCGUACCUGCUUGGAUGUAUCAGCCUAAAACGGGGUUGUGGGUUCGGAACGGUACCGGCUACAUCAAAAAGGACGGAGCUCAGUUUGUCUGGAACGUGGUGGUUCCUCAGAUGGGAUACUGGUUGGCUGCAUUUCCUUCAUCUUCAGGUUUGGGUUUGUCCCAUCCAGGCUUGAGGGACAUCACCACCUACCACACCCUGUUCCUGCUCUCCAUCCUGGGCUCACUGGCACUGCUGGUGCUCAUCCUGCUCUGCGUGCUGCUCUACUACUGCAGGUGUGGGGAGCGUAGGCGCAGGCGGAAGUGCUUGAAACCUCGUCGACAGCAAGGCAAGCCCCAUGCGUCCAAUCUAAACGGCGCUAAGAGAGACCAGGGUACGUCCACUUCACGCCUGAACCUGAUCUGUGGCGGCCACGUUGAAUCAGGCCCCUCCAAUGACAAAUCUGACAUGUCCCCGUCUCGAGACUACCAGAGUUCAAGGGAGGACUUAACCAAGCAUGUUCCAGCCCACAUGCUACGACACGCCAAGGGAAAGAAUUCAGGUUCCCAACGAGGUGAAAGCUUCCCUAUGAAGGUUACGCGAGCAACCGAGACCAACAACUUGGACAACCCUUUGCUGCAUGACGACUACAACCGGAGCUACAGCCCCAAAGAGGGAAAGGAGUCUGACUAUCACAGACACCACAAUGCCAACGACAAUCGAGGAUAUUCCUCUGAUCCCCCGUCCCCACCUCGCUUCCAAGGUUAUGUGCCAAGUCAGUCCGACAAACCUCCGGAAUAUUCAGCGGCAGCAGCAGACAGCCUUGCUAGACCCACAUCCCUCAACACCCAGCCGGGUCAGAUCAUCUUCUGCAGCUCCAUCGACCAGAUGAAGGAAAACAUGUACCGGAGCAUGGUGCCAACCCUGGUCAUCCCGGCCCACUACAUGCGCCUGCCGUCUGAGUUUUCUGGCAAAGACGGCAAGGACUCAAAGGAACAAGACAAAGACGGUGCCCAGAUGGGUGGAGGGCAGCAGCACCAUCACCACCACUCCCAGAAACAAGGCCAGCAGCAGCAACAACAGCAAGGCGGAUCCCAAGGCGACGACUCUGAGGAACCGAGCUGGGCGUCCGACUCCUCCGGCGGACCCGUGACCAUCCCUGUCCUAUUCAACGACUCCACCAUGGCUCAGAUGAACGGGGAACUUCAGGCUCUAACUGAGAAGAAGCUACUGGAACUGGGUGUUAAACAGCAUCCGCGGGCCUGGUUCAUCUCCCUGGAUGGACGUGCCAACGCUCAUGUGCGCCACUCGUACAUUGAUGUCGGGAAUGACCUCAGCGGUGGUGGUGGUGGAUUUGGAGGUUCCAGCAGCGUCCCACGAGACGUCAACCUUGAGCCACCUCUGGAGUCCCAAGAACGAAAAGCUGGAGCCAACCGAAAGGGAAAAGAUGAACGCUGGGGGACAGGAGGACGGAAGGGCCACAGCAUCAGCAGCAGUGGUGGAAAGAGUUACUCCAAACUGGCCUACCCUGACCACAGCGAACCCAGCAGCAGCGAGGGACGCCCAGUCUCACCCGAGGAGAAUUCCCUCACCCCUCUUCUGGAUGAAGGUCCAUCCUCCAGAGGGUCCACCAUCCCCAGAAGAGGACGCAGUCGUGUGAACAGCAGCCGCAGCAGCAACAGCGAGAACCGCCGCGACUCCAUGACCAGUCCCGAGGACGAUCCCGACGACAAAGACGAGAACAAGAAGAGCCCCUGGCAGAAGAUCGAGGACAGGCCUCUGAUGGUCUUUCACCCCAGGAAGUGAGCUUCUUGAACUGAGCACUGGACCUUGAACAGUCUAUUUAGACAAACAUGGAAGACGAGUGAUGUUUUCACAGAGAGAGAGAUCUGAAUAAGCACAACCACUGCUUCACUGGUCCAUUUUCAGGUUGUCGUUUUACCUUUGUGUUUCUGGUGAGGUGCUGUCGCACUAAUUACUCUCGUGGUCUCACUGUCAGUCAAUCCCACUGGUUUCCGCUGAGUUGAUCUAUUGUAGACUGAAAUCUGUCCAGUUUAUUGUGAACCUUGUCACCUGUCACAUCACUGAACCAUCGUCUGAGCCAUUGCAUAUACUGACUGUGGAAAUAGCCAUUUUAUAGAGCAAAAUAUAAGAAUAGAGCACUUACUAAUAAUUUGAUAACUGAUUGAUUGAUUCUUACCAAGAAUUUGGAAGUAGAUGACAUUUUUUAUGGAAUUGGUGGGUAUGUAGGUGAAUUAGAUUUCCUGGACUAAUUCUACUCACAAGCUCAUGUUGAUGGUAGAAAUUUGUGUUUUCUUGACUAGCCGUUGUCCUAAACUGUCACUUGGAUACGUUUUCCUUGAAGGAAAAGCCCAAAUAAGUGCAGAACCUAUACCUGAUUUUGUCAUAAGCCCCUGUAAACGGAUAAUGCAAACCAUAAAUUCCAGCGUGCGACUUGCAUUUUGCUCCUUCAGGGAUGUACUUGAUUUCCUCUUCCUCCUGUACUGUGUUCAUGUGUUGUAACUUCCUUAUUCAGAUAGUAAUGAUUUGAAUCGUUGAGCAUUAUCUCCAAGUCUCUCUGUCAUCCUUUCUUGUCAUUGAUUUAUCGCAGUGAUCUACUGUACAAUUCUGCCAAAAGUACGCAUUUCUGCCUUUCUCCUGUUGUUGAGAAUUUUUUCGGCCAGCAGAGACUUUGCAAUUUCUGUUGUGUAAAUAGAUGCCCAGACAUUUGAAAGACCAUUUGGUAUAGAAAGGUUGCAUGCAUAUGAAUGUAUGAAAUAAACUGAAGGCACCAAAAGCCCCCCCUCUACAGAUCCCCGGGCUCCUGAGUAGUUUAAACCCCCAAUCGCCAAGAAACAUGGGUAAGUCUGAACAGAUGCGGCUCUGUAAAAACACCACUUUACUUGAAGACUUACUUAUUUAACAGAAUAUCCUAAAGAGAUCCACAGGGGUUGUUUGCAGACAGGGCCUGUACCACUUCUCUCCUGUAAGUGCCUUCUUUCACAAAGGAUCGAGUGAUAGGCAUGCCGGUCCCUUUUUAAAAAAUGCAGUUAGGCGUCACCUACACUUCGCCGUUGACAUCGGCAGGCACUGAUAAGCACACUGCAUCGUGGUAACAACAACACGCGUCACUCUGGGGAGCAUGCCUGCCAAAACUGACUACUUUUCUUGUGGCUAUUACAUCCUUGGAUAUCUUAAUUUCUUGUAUCUAUCCUCUUUUUUCACCAAACUUGUAAAUGGUAUGAUGAAUUAUAUGAGAUUUUAUGUGUAUACGAUGUGCAUGUAACAUGUAGAAUAGGGUGUUUUUAAACUAGACCUUUUUUGAGACAACAACGUUUGGCACAAAUUGUGACUCGCUGAAUGCAUUGAACUGUGUUGCCAAAUGAACUGAAGAUGAUACACUGACUUUUUUUUCUUCCCCUGUAAUCCACCUCGAACAAAAUUCACUUCCGGUCGUAAAUGUUUACAACAAUAACAUACUGACCAACACGCUCCCGCUGUUCCUAGCAUCACCACUGCCUAUGACGCAACUGUGAACUUGAAGGCUUUUCUGUCGUCGUUUUUUGCAGAAUAAUCGGUUGAAGUGAAAACAUUGGAGGGGAAAUCUCGAAGGCUGUAUAAAAGUCGCGCUUGACAUGUUUUCACCAUUUGCUUGCUGUUCAUAGGCCUGUGUCAGUAGCCUACAGUACAAAGCUAAAAAUGUGAUGUUAAGUCUGAAGAAAAACCCCGCCAUGAUGAAACGAUUCCUGCUGAACUGUCAUGUCCACUGCUGUAAAUGUACGUUUUUUUUUCCGGACCAGAUGUGGAAUUUAUUAUGAGUUGUGCAAUUUCUCACUAGAUUUUGUGAACUUGUGUUUCGGAGAGUAUUCUGUCUGAAUACUGAAGGACACUUUAGAAACCGGAGGCCCGUUUUGUUGGAUUUUGAUAGUAACUUCCGGAGGACUGAACUGUAGGCCUUCAUCCUGUGCAGUAAACCAUUCGCUUCAUGAACCUGGUCAGUUGUUUGUAAACUGUAAAUUGAUUCCUUCUGUACAUGAGACAACAUAGAAAUAAAUUUGUUCCCACGGUC